ACAUUUUUUUACGAUCGAACAAAAAAAAAAGUGCCCAAAGGGGGGACUUGCGCUUAGCUAUUAGAUCAAGAGUGUCCUCAGUCGUGUUUGGGUUGUUCUACUGGACGGAUCGGAUUCCGAAGUGCUCCCAAGAGUGACCAACGGUGUGAAAGACUUUCUCGUGCGAGGUAGUGUUAGUGUGUGAAGAAUUAUAAAGUUAAAAAGGAAAAGAACGCAUCUAUUUGCACUUGAGAUUGUUUGAAUCAACAGACCAAAUCUCGAAAUGGACACCAUCACCCCACCCGUGUCGCUGCUCAAACCGAUGAACAUCCCCGAGAAGAUCAUGAUGGGCCCGGGACCAUCGAACUGCUCGAAGCGCGUCCUGACGGCGCUCACCAACACCUCGCUGAGCAACUUCCACGCCGAGCUGUUCCAGGUGAUUGACGAGGUCAAGGACGGCAUCCGGUACGUGUUCCAGACGCGGAACCGCACGACCAUGUGCAUCAGCGGAUCGGCCCACGCGGCCAUGGAAGCGCUGCUGUGUAAUCUGCUCGAGGAGGGCGAACGGGUGCUGAUCGCGGUCAACGGAAUUUGGGCGGAACGCGCCGUGGAGAUGGCCACCCGGUACGGGGCGGACGUUCGGAUUCUGGAGGGACCCGACGACAAACCGUUCCCGUUGGCCGAUUUGAAGAAGGCCAUCGAACAGCACAAGCCCAAGUGUCUGUUUGUGACGCACGGCGAUUCUUCGAGUGGACUGCUGCAGCCGUUGGAGGGAUUGGGACGGGUCUGCCACGAGAAUGACUGCCUGCUGUUGGUCGAUGCCGUGGCCAGUUUGUGCGGAGUUCCGUUCUACAUGGACAAGUGGGAGAUUGACGGGGUUUAUACUGGGUCGCAGAAGGUGCUGGGAGCUCCUCCGGGGAUCACGCCGAUUUCGAUCAGUGAUAAAGCAUUAGCCGCUAUCCGCGCCCGCAAAACCAAAUCCAAGGUGUUCUACUGGGACCUGCUGCUGCUCGGCAACUACUGGGGCUGUUACGACGAGCAGAAGAUGUACCACCACACCGUUUCGUCGAACCUGAUCUUCGCCCUGCGGGAAGCGCUGGCCCAGAUCGUUGAGGAAGGGCUCGACGCGCAAAUCCAACGCCGCCAGGAAUGUGCCCGCGCCCUGUACCGUGGCCUGUCCGAGAUGGGCCUGGAGAUCUUCAUCAAGAACCCCAAGCAUCGCCUGUCGACCGUCACCGGCAUCAUGAUCCCCGAGGGCGUCACCUGGUGGAAGGUGUCCCAGUACGCGAUGAAGAAUUUCAGCCUGGAGAUUCAGGGUGGCCUGGGACCGACCUGGGAGAAGGCGUGGCGCGUUGGCAUCAUGGGCGAGUGCAGCACGCUCCAGAAGGUCAACUACUACCUGUACGCGUUCCGGGAGUCACUGAAGGCGACCCACCCCGAGUACGAGUUUGUUGAGCUGAAGCACCAGAACGGUUAUCACUAAGUUUGACAAAAACGUAUUUUUUGUGUGUGUUUUGUCGAGAUUUUUUUCCCGUUUUGUGAGCAAAAAAUCAGCUUUUGCGUUCUAACUCUAGAUUAAGACUACACGCGCCGACAUGGGCGAUAACGACCAGUGAGGCGAAGUAAUUAGUCAGGGAACAAACUUCACAAAUUAACAGAAUGGAUUAUUUGUAACUUGAUUAUGAUUAUGCAGGCUGUUCGAUUCGUUGAUUCGAAAUGUUACACAAUAUUGCAUGAGACAAUAAUCCUAAUUAAAAUAUACCAAUACAGUAAUUUAAACAUAAA